AUGUGUUUUUCAGAUACAUGUCUGUCCUUACUAACACUUUCUUGGAAAACCGUUUGCGUCCUUGUAUCCUGGAAACAAGAAAUGGUUUUAAAGUUUAUUAAAGAAAUAAUUUUUCUCUUCAUGACUGUGCUUGGCACCCUUGGGAACAUUUCAGUUUCUGUGAAUUAUAUGUUCAGUUUAUUGGGAGGCUCUGAGAGAAAACCCAUACACCUUAUUCUCAUCCAUUUGGCUUUUACAAACAUCAUAAUCCUUCUUUCAAGAGGAUUGCAAAAGACAAUACCGUCUUUUGGAUUGAGAAACUUCCUGGAUGACAUGGGCUGUAAGAUCAUUGUUUACCUGGAGAGGGUGGCCCGUGGCCUCUCCAUCUGCACCACCAGUCUCCUCACUGUGGUCCAGGCCAUCAUCAUCAGUCCCAGAGCAUCAUGGUGGAGGGGGCUCAGGCCAAAGUCUGCAUGGCACGUCCUUCCAUUCUUCUUAUUAUUUUGGAUAAUCAAUGCUUUAAUAAGUUCAAACCUAAUCCCUUCCAUGAAAAGUACAAAUCUGAAUAUAUCUCAUUUUAAGUAUGCCUACAAAUAUUGUUAUUUUGUGCUAGAAAGUCAGAAAAUAAAAUGGAUUUUCCUCACCUUCAUGAUCCUGAGAGAUGCAGUGUUUCAGGGUGUCAUGGGAGGGGCCAGUGGCUACAUGGUAUUUCUUCUCCACAAACACCACCAGCAUGUCCUCUACCUUCACAACUCCAAGCUUCUCUACAGAACUCCCCCUGAGCUGAGAGCUGCUCAAAGUGUCCUCCUUCUCAUGCUCUGUUUUGUUCUCUUCUACUGGACAGAUUGUGCCUUUUCUCUAAUUUUAAGUCUCUCUUUGGGAGAAAAUUCUUUGAUGGUAAAUAUUCAAGAAUUUCUGGCUCUUGGUUAUGCAACUUUUAGUCCCCUCGUGUUGAUUCACAGGGAUAAACUUCUCCCCGAUUGUUGGUAUGCUCAGUGA